GAUGAUUGCAACCUAAACUCAGCCCUUAGUUUUAGACAAUGAUCAGGUGAAUGUUGCGAGCACAUUGGGUUCUGAAUUCACAGAGCAUGCUUUCUAAAUUGAUCAACUUGUAUGAUGAGAAAAAACAAAGUAAUUCAUAAAGUGGGUCUCUUAGUUAAAAAAGAGAAUAAAAAGAGAUUUUGGGUUAUCGGAACCAGAAUGGAGAAGAUUAGAGAAGUAAUUUCAAUGGGCGCCAUUGAGUGCAUCUUUGCAUUUCUGUAUGUAGUCUGUGUUGAAUUGGAGAUGUACAGUUAAACAAGAUUCUUGUACAGUCUCUCAAGCUGGCACUUGCAGGAUUUAAUUUUAUGAAGCUCUGGGGUGUACCAUGGGGCAGUGUGAGCAAUAGAGACAAUGUUGGUUUUAGUAGGGGCUACAGAGGUUAUGGAUUGUGAGACCGCUGGAGCAGACCAGGUCCAAAUAAUUACCUUGAGUGUGAGUGGGGAAGUUGACUGGUUAAGUGAUGUUGAAACAGUUGAGAAGAUCCAACAAUUCGGUGGUAGGUUUGGAAUUAUAAUCGUCAAUAUGAAAAUUAAAGUCACCAAGCAGAAGGUAGAUGAUGAGAUUGCACUUGCCUGGUUUAGAAAGUCCGUAAGUUCAGAGAAAAAAAAGUUUUAUAAAGCUUCUUUUGGCCAUCACCAGUGUCACAUUUAGAGAAAAAAGGAUGAAUCCGGCAAGACUGAGAACACAUCCCAACUGAGAAAUAUGAUGGGGGCAGCAUCAUGUUGUGGGGGUGUUUUGCUGCAGGAAGGACUGGUGCACUUCACAAGAUGGAUUCUGGACUAGAAAACAUUAUAUGGAAAUAUGUAAACAUCAUCUCAAGAUGGUGCAAAUGCAUUAUCCGAAUGGACAAUGAGUAAUAAUGAUUUAUUGCCAGACAAUGAGACAAAAAACUUUGUGUCCUUUAAGACUAUGUAUGUAAAUAUCUGAUUUCAUUUGUAGAUAGCAGACACAACAAUAAAACAACAACGUUUGUGGAAAAUUCAAAAACAUUGAAAGGGGAUGGGGGCUGGUGCCUAUGACCAGCAUACAAUGGGAUUAGGCAAGAGGAGGGGGGCACCCUGGCCACUACUCCAUUACAGCAACUUUUUUUAAUUUAUUGUUGGGACUGGGACAAAAAGCUGACCCACCCACUAUGUCUUUGUACCUUGCAUGACUGAACAGAACAAUAUUAGGAGAAACUAUUAAUGCCUCAAUUAAUGUGAUUUUAUUAUUUGGUAGUUAAGAUUUUUUAAUUCUAUUGUUUUUUUAGGCAACAUCAUUCAGUAAAUUAAACACUCCAGAUCCAGUUCAAGGAAACCAAAUAAUUAUUUUAGCUUUGAUCUAGUGUGUUUAUUUUUUAGAUUGAACAAUAUAUAAGGAAAAGUGUAGGUACUUCUUUCAAAAGCAAGUAAAGAAUUGUACUGGUUUUCAUUCAAGCAGAUGAUAGUUUCAUUUCCUGAACUUUGAUCAACAGCAGCGGCUCUGUAAUUUGCGUCAGUCGUGGUAUGCUACAACUUUGAACAACCUCACAUUUCUUCUGCUCCUUACUUUGCCAAAAAAGCAACUAUGGCUGUCUUAAAAUUAAUUUUUUUUCUGAGUUGUUGGACCUUUACUGGAAUUACAGCAACAGACUCAUCAGAGAGGCAUUAUCAACUAAAGAACAGCUCUGUGUGUCUACGUGCAAAAAACCAACCUUCGCAUAAAAGUGGUGAAUGGGUAUUUGACAAAACAUUCAUUGCUAAUAAGGACGCUAUCAACGCAGUAUAUAAAGAGAGAGUGUCUUUUAUUUAUGAAAACCUGACCUUGUGUAUAAACAAGCUGACCGAAAAUGACACAGGCAUCUAUGAGGCAUCUUACGUUGGGAAUGACUACAACAAAAUAUCAGAGUCACACCACAUCAUUGUACAAGAAAUGGUUCCCAACCCUGUGAUGACUGUGAUGCCAGUGGAGCAUUACAAUCUUUCAGCAGGGCUGUGUAAUUUGACAGUAAACUGCUCCAUCCAGGAUGAUUGGCUGUGGUCUAAAUGUAGUAAAGAUGGCUGCAGAACAUUUCAGGGGUCCUUCAAUAAACUCAACAUCACCAUCAUCACUGACAACACAACUGUUGUCUGCAGUGGCAGCAACUAUGUCAGCAGAAAUAACAUCUCAAAACGUAUUCCACUGUGUUUUGUAACAUCUAAUCCGGAACAUAAAAAGGAAUUACAACCAGAUUAUAAUAUAGUUACUAUAAUCCUCAUAAUUAUUGCUAGUGUAAUACUUCUCAGUGGAUGUGCUGGUUUAGCCAUACAAUUUCGGCUAUUCAGUCAAAAAAAGGAAACAACAUCUGCUGUUCAGUCAAUACAAAGCGGACCGCUAGAGACACAGCGACUGUCUGAGUCCAGAGUCUCUACAUCUUCCAGUGAACCCGAGCCUUCUUACGAGAAUGUGGAAACUACCCAGUCCCAAGAGAAUACCAUCCCAAGAAAUGGAGCAAAUCCUGAGUGAGAGUGAGAGGACAGAUACUGUUUAUAGCUUCCCAAGAAAGGCUGACACUUGUGUCAAAAGUGACAGGGGAAACGAUGCAUUAGAAGAUAGGGAGUCACAAAAAACUUUGACCUUUGUGUCUGUCGAUGUAAAUAAGGAACAGAGCCUCACACAAACCGAAACGGUGUACAGUAUGCUGCAGAUGCCAAAGAAAUCUGAACUUAUAGCACCACCAAGAGGACAAAUGUGAAUGUAAGAGGCCUAAAAACCUAAAGCAGUAAGUGAACACCAGAUGAAGUCUAUUUAUCUAUUUUGUUCUGCUCAUCUGAGAUUGAUAGCAUGGGUAAAAGAUCUAGAAGGGAAACCCACACAUCCCUAUCUCCAGAGACACUUUCCACGUUAUUCUGGAGGAUCUCAAGGUGAAGGAAUUUAUGGUCCAAUCCAGUGAGUUAUGGGUGUGUGCCCUGGGCUCUUCCCCAACGAAACCUCCUAAGGCCGAUACCCUGGAUGAGUACUGAGCAGAUGCUUGAACCACCUCUACUGACUCAUUUUCAAGGGGAAGAGCAGUGGCUUAACUUCAAGCAUUUCAAGCAUCAGUUUCUAGCUGCUCCAGGGUGGAGCCAGACCUGGUGCCUGACCAGCAGCCCCCCUCCUCACCGACGCUGGACACUGACAAUGAAAGCAGCAGCAGGUCUGCUCCCGCUACAGGUGACAACCCUCAUCUGAAAUGUUUUCCGAAUGAUCGGGCCAAUUUUGCUGAAAACAUCCAGGACGCCAACAUUAAAAGAUAUACCCUUAAGAUGGGCCCAUGCAGACCCAAAGGUCCAUUUGCUACUGAGAAAGACAAUCAGUGUUUUUCGGAAAGUUAUUACACCUCUACCAGUAAGUUGGGAUGAAACUUCCCCGCAGCUGGAUGUGCUAUUCCCCCAAAUUAGACUGGUGUUACUGUGAGCCUUGCUGGCAUUUUGCCAACCAAAAUGCCGCGUAUUACAACAAUGCACGGGUAAACGGAAUAAGAGACUGGAAACAUCUUUCUGCCAAAGUUGAGAAGCAUGAAUCCACACAAAUACAUCUUGCUGCAUGGUCUAUGAGCAGUGGAAACUCAACAGCACAACAGACGCUGAAAUGGAGAGGAAUGUGCGUAAUGCAGCCUUGUUUUGGAGACAGGACCUGGAGCGCAUUGUAAAUGUCACUCUUACUCUGGCUUCAUGCAACUUGGCAUUCAGGAGCCACAGGGAAGUUGUAGGUCAGGGAAAUGCUGGCAACUUUUUGUCAAUAAUCGAGUUAUUAGCUCGCUACGACCCUGUUUUGAAAGAGCUAAUUAACCAACCAGAAGGGUCAGUGAAAAGUCACCAGAUUCAAGAUGAGAUUAUUUACAUCCUGUCUCAACGUGUGAAAGAUGUCAUAAUUAAUUAAAUAAACCAAGCCCCGUUUUAUUCCAUUAUCAUGGACACAAUGCAAGAUGUGUCAAAGAUAGACCGGCUGAGCCUGGUGUACCAUUACAUAACUGUUGUUAAGAAUGACGCGAAUAUUCCAACAGAUAUACAGAUCAAUGAAGUGUUUUUGGGUUUUGAAGCAACUGUGGGCUCAUCAGCGUCUGAGCCUGAAAACCAAAUCCUGGGCUCUAUAGAGAAAAAUGGAUUAGAUCUGUCUAAAUGCCGCAGACAGGGCUGUGAUGGGGCGCGAAUAUGAGUGGUGUGUAUUCAGACGUACAGGCAAGAAUA